AUGUCUCACGAAAUGUCCUACAUGGGCCAUCGGGCCUUCAGUCACGACCAAAGCGCCGACGCAGAAGCCGAAUACGACCGCCUCCGCGACCUAGCCCGUCAAGAAGCCGCAAAGCGUAACUCAUGUUUCCAACGGAGCCAAGAAGCGUACUCAAACGGCGACGGCGCGCUAGCCAAAGAACUCUCCGAACAGGGCAAAGCGCACGGCCGCAAAAUGGACGAGUACAACAAACAAGCGUCCGAGUUCAUCUUCCGCGAGAAUAACGCCGACGGGCGCGUGCCGGCCGACACGAUCGAUCUGCAUGGGCAGUUCGUCGAGGAGGCGGAGGAGAUUCUCGAGCAGAGGAUCAAAUAUGCCAAGGCGCAUGGGCAGACUCAUCUCCAUGUGAUUGUGGGAAAGGGUAACCACUCCGCCAACCACGUCCAGAAGAUUAAGCCGCGGGUCGAACAGGUCUGUCACGAGCUGGGGCUGCAGUAUGCCACCGAGGAGAACGCGGGCCGGAUCUAUGUGAAUCUGACCGGGGGCCCGGCGGAGAUGCCGCCCUCCACUGGACACGGACAUGGACAUGGACAAGGCCAUGGGCAAAGCUACAGUCAUGGCCAGCAGGCGCAUCAACAGUACCCCGGUCAACAACCGCAUCACCAACAGCAGGGUGGGCAGCAGCAGGACGAGAUCGAGCAGGUGGUCAAUGCGAUUCUUCCCCGGGUGCUCCGCAAGCUCGAGAAGGCUUGUUGUACAAUUAUGUGA